AUGGAACCAUCCAACUUUAUUCCCGAUGAAACGCCACCAGCUGUUCUUGAUAGAGAUUCAGGCAAUGCCAGCUCUGAAGACCAUGAUGAGAUGGUCUCUGUUCAAAAAAAUCAAGAUAUCGGUGACAAAACUCCUGCCUAUGUGCAGAACGGGAUGUCAGACUUCGUACCCCGUGAACAACAUCAGCAGGUUCUUGAAAAGCUUCAGGCGUUUGAGCAGAAACUUGCGUUCAUGGAUGGCUUUAUGCAGCGCAUAAACCAAGAGAAACAAUCCAGUCUGAGCCAUGACAUCAAAGAUAUUGAUGACGAUUCAGACACAGAAGACGAAUAUCAAAAAUUACUUUUAAAUCGUGCCCUUGAAUCUACGAUCAGGAGAAGAAUGCGCCGGAAACUUGAAAGGGAGAUAAGAUCCGAGGAAAGCCCACCAGGCCUACGCAGCAGGAAUGAGCAAACAGCACAGGUCAAAAAUGCCCCAAAUUCAGACGUUGAAACGGAAGAGAAACUGUUAAUUUCUCAACUCGUUAUGAAGGGUGAAGCAUUAACCCCGAAGUAUAUGGAUUGGAAAUAUUUUAGUGCUUUACGUAAAGGCCAAGAUUCCAUAUUGCAUCCAAUUCAAGUCUUGGUUGGAGAACCGGAAGUAGGCAUUGGAUUCAAGAAAUAUGUGGUCUUGCCAAAUGAAUCGGAUGUGACAAUGAAGCAACCCCAAGAAACGAAGGCAAUUGCAAAGAAAGACAAUCUUGGGGUACAAGAUCCUCUUCCUGAAAGGAUCAAGAUUGUUUCUAAGUCUCUUUUUGAUGCUUUGUCCGUUAUAUCCGACAGUUUUGCCUCAAUGGAUUACACUGAAGUUGGAAUCACUAUUCUGCGACCGUACAAGAUUCUUCUCUAUUGCGAAACGGAAAUGCGAGAUAGGUUGGCGAAGCUAGAAAAGAAUCAGUCAAGCGAAAAGGAUGAAAUGAGAACAUGUUCACCCCAAAAUGAUGAUGAAACGAUAUCAGCGAGUCAGACAGACAUUCUUCAGCCUGAAAAUACUCAACCGACUAGCAAGCAAGAUGACUAUAUCCCUGGAGAAGGUGAAGGUGUUGACAACAAUGAUAUUAGGGAGGCACUGCAGCUGCGCUGCGUCCUUAAUUUUAUAGAUACCAAGAUACAACCGAAGUUGAAUCUCUUAAAUGGAAAUACUUUCCAGGAUAUAUCAUUCAAUGAUCUUUGGCAUCUUUACAAACCGGGCGAUGAAGUCAUUGAUCAAGCCGAGCGACAGACGUUCCGAGUUAUCCGAGUUGAGACUCCUGUUCAUGAUUCCACUCCUUCAUGGGCAAGAAGAUUCUACAAGAAUUCUGAUGAAGAGUCUUCAGAAAAGCCUUUCCAAAUAUAUUGCGUUUACAUUGAUUUUGAUGGGAAGUUUUUGGGCCCAAUCUCUACCGAUAUUCCCCUUUCGAUUCGCUCGCCAAAAGAUCGAUCGAGAUCAACUUAUUGA